AUGAUUUGGUACCACGAUGCCUCAAGUGCCCUUACCCUCCUAGUCCUCCUGACAGGGGCUUCCUUCCUCCAUCUGUCCACCUCCAAGCCAAUCAACACCCCUGGAGAUGUCGAUAACCACAACAGAGAUGCUCCUCCUGGAAGGAAAGAGGAGACACGAUCUAUGCAGAAAGAAGUUGCGGAUGACGAAGAGGAGCUCUUCAAAGAUGUAGAUCCCAAAACACUGGCGGCGGUUUUACUGGAGGCACUGAAUCACUCACGAGUAGAGCAAAGACGGAAGGGAGGGGAGCGCAAUGGGAUGGAAGGAGAAAUGAAGGCUGAGAUGGGGAAGGUUAAAGAAGAAGAAGCAGACAGAGAAGUAAGAACAAUGGAGGGGGCAGAUAGAGACCGAGAUGGACGACAGGAGUUAGAGCUGCUGAUGGCCGCGCAGCAGAAGAAGCGGGAAAGAGAGGAGGAGGAGGAGAAGCAGAAAGCUCGAGAAGAAGAGGAGAAGAUGACAGAAAAGGUGAUCAGUCGCACCACAAGUCAGAAGGUCCAGGUCCCAGCAGAGCGGCAGCCCGCUAGUCUGGAUGGAAGAGGGGAGAACGGGCAGGGUGCUGCUCCCCAGCAGGCGACAAACAGCCCUGAACAAGGCAGCAACGAGGAGGAGGAGCAGCUAAGCCCUGAGGAGCUAAAGAACCUCGAGACCAUGAUGAAGGAGUUUCCUAGUUUGAACACGGCCACUAAGAGGGAGGGAGAUUCAGAGCAAAAUCAGAGGGAGGGCAGGGGUUACAGCAGCUACAACGACAUCAUACCAAUCAGCAAAGGAAACGACCUCGCCAUGUCUAAGAAGAAACUGAAAUGGCAGGAGGAGACGCAGAAAGGCAUGAACUUCCCAACAUUCAGGGGAGGCAAUUUCAUGGACGACUUCGAGGACAAUAAUUACGCUGGCAGUAAUGCAGCACAGUCGCAGCAACUGGCGGAGCCGGAGGUGACGGAAGAUGAUGAACCAGAGGAGGAAGAGGAAGAUGAGGAGGUGUUGAGUCCCGAGGAGGAGGAAGCUCAGGCUAAAGCGGAGCAGGAAGAGAUGAGGCGACAGGCGGCCGAGGCACAGAGAGCCAAGAUGGAGGAGGAGAAACUGGCCGACAUCGCUUCGGACAUGCUGUUGCGCUACAUGGUCAAACAGAACAACGGGAACAAGAAGUACAGCUCAUCCCUGUCCAACGCCGCGGAGGACAAGAGGUCCGAUGAGGAACAGGAGGUGACGGAGGAGGACGAUAUCGAUCCCCAGACCAUCGACAAGCUGAUUGAGAUCUCCAACAAGCUCCACCUCCCUGCUGACGACGUGGUGGACAUCAUCAGCGAUGUGGAAAAGAAGAAGAAGAAAGACGUGCCCCCCGAGAUGGCGUCUCGUUGGCAACGACCUCUGACUCCGCUGUCUUCCCAGUUCUCGUCAACCAAUGGUUUCUCAGCAUCGCAGAUUCCAACCAGUCAAAAUAGCUUCUCCGUCUCCAAGCAACCCUCUCCAGCUGUCAAUCUCCUCAAAACAUGGUUGCAGGAGAAAUCGCCAACCAAGUCGCAGGAUCUCUGGAGCAAACCUGCCAAGCCUCUGUUAGCCAGUCAGAAUCGUUGGCCCAAACCUCAGAAUCCUCUGUCAAGCAAACAGGACCUCUGGCUCAAAUCACCCAAGUCAGUUUGGACUGGCUACCCUUUGUACCCCUACACAUACCCGUCAUACUACCAGCGGAAGCUGUACCCAGACUACUACCCUAUCUAUUUCCCUCCUCCCCCCAGACCAAAACCACGUUACUACGUCCCCAAACCCGCUUUUACCCUCAACAACUUCCUUGGGAAUUCCGUGGAUGACACCUACUCUUUCCCUCCAAAACGCCGUUACCACAGCUGGGUUCAACCCCGGCUGAGAAAUCCCCCCGCAGUCCUUCAGCAGAGGCCUUACUACACCGGCUACCGGUAUCAGCCUGUACCCAUCCCCAAACCUCGCUCCCCUCCCCGAAUGCCUGUGAUCCCGCCUCAGCAGAAGUAUUAUUACUCAGCCCCGGCAGCACCUGCAGCGACUAGAGAUGAAGAUUAUUACAUUGCUGGAAAUCAGCCAGACAGCAGCAACCGUGACGAUCUGGAGAAAUACAUACAGCAGAUACUCAUGAAGAGGCCACUGUUGGACUAA